AUCUUUCUCGCGCGACAAACGCGGCACAGUGGAAACAAUACCCGCACUCGCGCAUAUAUUCCACUCUCGGUCCGACCACGGCGGUCUCUGGGAUCUACGACGAUCUCAUUUUGAUCGUAGGAGACGUCCGACAUGUAUCGGAGCUUGUCGGGCAGCCACCGGGACGGGGGCAACGCCGAUGGGAGCGGCGCCGCCGUGGCCAUGCCGGGAUACUUCAUGGCGUCGUUAUACCCGGUGGAGAUGGGCGGCGGUGGCGGCGGCGGUGAUGCACCCUUGGACCGGGCCCUCAUCGCCUCCAGGAACCACCGCGAGGCUGAGAAGCGAAGGAGGGAGCGGAUCAAGUCCCAUCUUGAUCGUCUUCGGACCAUUCUCGCCUGCGACCCUAAGACAGAUAAAGCAUCCCUCUUGGCGAAGGCAGUGGAACACGUUAGAGAUUUAAAGCAGCGAACAGCCGACAUGACAGAGACCCAGCUCUUCCCCACUGAAAACGAUGAGAUCGUUGUGCUUCCCUCCUCCAGCUCCAAUGGUGAAGGUUCAGUGUUUGAGGCCUCGCUGUGCUGCGAGGACCGGUCUGAUCUUCUUCCUGAGCUUAUAGAGACCCUCCGAUCCCUCCGCCUCAAGACUCUGAGAGCCGAUAUUGCAACGCUUGGUGGGAGGGUGCGCAACGUGCUGGUCCUUGCCAGAGAGAAAGAAGAGUAUGAGGAGGAGAAGGAGGAGGAGGAGGGUUCUGGUGGUGCCUUCCUGAGAGAUGCUCUCAAGGCUUUGGUGGACCGCCCGGUCUCCGAUGACCGGUCCAAGCGGCGGCGUGUCGUGGACCGGGGUUUGGCCUGAGGAGCCUCUUCCUUCCUUGUGGUGGUCUUUGUUUAGGCUUUGUGUUUGGAUAUUUGGAGCUUUUGCUUCUUGAUGGUGGUGUUUUAGGGUUUGUUAUGGGCGUCAAGGUUGGAGACCGCAAGGAAGAAUAUCAUUGUUAUAAGCUAUUAUUAAUUUGCUGUAAUAACAAUGUGGUUCCAAACUGCAGCAGUGUUGUUCAAACGAGGUAUGUAGAUUAAGGUUAGUUUUAGUACUGCAGAGAAUGGGAGAUAAUAUAGUUUAUCAGACAUGGGCAUCCGCAUGGAAUGUCAGUUGUUUUGACGUUCUAUUAUCUUCUUUAUCCCCUUGCUAGCUCUUUCACAAGAAAGGAAGAGGCUUUGAACUGGAUAUCAGAUCAAAAAUGUGCUAAAUAUUUGUGGGUGGAUGAUGGCAAGUUCCAUGUAUUAUUGUUUUGUGCAAAUGAUCCUAUGCAUUUCAAUUC